AUGACCAUUGCCACCGUCUUCAACAACAUCAACCGCGCUGUGGCCGUCUCGCCCGUCGGCUACUACUUCCGCCUCGAUGGUUCCGGCCACCCGCUCUCGCGGCCCGGCUCGCGCUUCCUCACCGAGAUCCGCGCCGGCCUCGUCACGUUUGCCGCCAUGGCCUACAUCCUGAGCGUCAAUGCGUCGAUCCUCACCACCUCGGGCGGCCCCUGCGAGUGCCCCAACUCGCCCGACGACCCCUUCUGCGCCAAUGACCCCGCCUACAACGCCUGCACUGCCCAGCUGCGCCGCGACUACGUCUUUGCCACGGGCGCAUCGGCCUGCAUUGCCACCUUGCUCAUGUCGCUCUUUGCCAACAUGCCUCUCGGCCUCGCCCCCGGUCUCGGUGUCAAUGCCUACUUUGCCUUCACUAUCGUCGGUACUGCCGGCUCCGGCAUCAUCCCGUACAGCCAGGCGCUCGCCGCCGUCUGGCUCGAGGGCUGGGUUUUCGUCAUCCUUUCGGUCCUUGGUCUCCGUCAGUGGCUCGCCCGCCUCCUGCCGCACUCGCUCAAGCUCAGCACCGGUGCCGGCAUUGGCUUCUACCUUGCGUUUAUCGGCCUCGGACCUCCGGGCCUCAACGUCAUCGGCGGCGACCUCACCAACCUCGUCGGCCUCGGCGGCUGCCCCAAGCAGUACACUGACCCGGACACGGGCUUUUGCACCAGCCACGUCCUCCAGGACCCGCGCGUCUGGGUCGGCGUCUUCCUCGGCGGCAUCUUCACCGCGCUGAUGCUCCUCUACCGCGUCAAGGGCGCCUUCAUCAUUGGCAUCCUGCUCGUCUCGAUUGUGUCUUGGCCGCGCAACACGGCCAUCACCAUGUUCCCGCACACCGAGGCCGGCGACUCGGACUUCAACUUUUUCAAGCAGGUGGCCAACUGGAACGGCCUCGGCAUGCUCGGGCCGCAGAACAUCGACUGGAACGGCUACGGCAACGGCAAGGUGUGGGCCGCGCUGGUCUCGUUCCUGUACAUCGACCUGCUCGACACCACCGGCACCCUGUACGCCAUGGCGUCGCACGCCGGGCUGAUGGACGCGCGCACCGGCGACUUUGAGGGCUCGUCGGCCGCCUACCUCAGCGACGCCGUCUCGAUCUCGAUUGGCUCGCUGCUCGGCCUCUCGCCCAACACGGCGUUUGUCGAGUCGGCGUCGGGCAUCGCCGAGGGCGGCAGGACGGGCAUCACGGGCGUCGUCGUGUCGUUCAUGUUCUUCCUCAGCCUGUUUUUCUCGCCCAUCUUUGCCUCGCUGCCGGCGUGGGCGACGGGCUCGACGCUGAUCAUUGUCGGCUCGAUGAUGGCCUCCAACACGGCCCAGGUCAACUGGUCGUACGUCGGCGACGCGCUGCCCGCCUUCAUCACCAUUGUCGGCAUCCCGCUCUUCUACAACAUCGCCUACGGCCUGAUCGCGGGCAUCAUCUCGUACAUCCUGCUCAACGCCAUCCCGUGGGCGCUGGUGCGCAUCACCAACGGCCGCCUGGUGCCCGCCGGCUGGGACACGGUCAAGGAGCCGUGGGGCGCGCGCAUGGUGUCGGCCAACGACGACGCCACGGGCUUCAGGGCCAUCCUGCCGCCGUGGAUGCGCAAGCUGACCGAAGGCAACUGGAAGUUCUGGAAGAUGACCGACGACGAGAUCGAGUUCUACCUCGAGGGCCGCCGCGAGACGCAGCGCAUGGCCGAGGAGCGCGCCGAGCAGCUCGAGAUGGAGCGCGCCCACAUGUACGGCGAGGACGACGUCGAGGCCGUCGCCAGCAUCGGCAGCCAGAGCAUGCGCGACGAGAAGCGCCUCAGCUCGCCCUCGGCCUCGGCCCACCGCAGCCACGAGCUGCCCCACACCCACGAGCCCGCCGACGACCCCGCCGACGACGUCGUCGCCGGACCCGGCAUCGGCCUCGACGAGCACCCGCUGCGUCGUUGA